AUGGCAGACCCCCCUGGUUGCUGCUCUACCUGUGCCACCUGCCUGCUCUGCCCCUACAGCUGCCAGUGGAUUACUGCCAAGAAGGAGAAGAGGAAGGGCUUGAGAACCACCAAGUAUGACUGCAGUUGGUUCUUCUUCCUCUUCUGCAUCUUCCUCUUCACGCUGGUGUGGCUCUACUUCGCUAUCAUCAUCCUCAAUGAUCUCCACAACUUCAACGAAUUCAUCUUCAGGCAGAGGAAGCUGUGGCUAGACUGGUCCCUGGUCCUGCUCAUAGCUACAGCUGUGCUGAUCAGCUACUCAUCUGUGCUGCUGGUCCUCGCUUUGUGCUUGCAGCUCUGCGGCCAGCCCUUGAAGCUACACUGGGUGCACAAGAUCCUGCUGAUCCUAACUGCCCUGGUGGUGGCUGCAGCCUUCACAGGGCUGGGAAUAAAGUGGGCAGAGGAGUGGAAAAGUGCACGUAUCUCCCUGCAGGCAACAGGUCCCUUCCUGCACAUUGGAACUGUGGGGGGAAUGACUCUCCUUGCCUGGCCCCUGGCCAGCUUCAUCUACCACACCCGCAGUACAGGUCUCAAGGUGUUUCUGCUGCUUAUGUACUGUGCAGCAAUGAUUGCACUAUACCUGGCUCCCUUGGGAAUCACCUCCCCUUGUAUCAUGGAGGAGAAAGAGCUUCCCCCCAAGCCAGCCCUAGUUGGCCAUCGAGGAGCACCCAUGCUGGCCCCUGAGAACACCCUCAUGUCACUGCACAAGGCAGUGGACUGUGAUGUGCAAGUCUUUGAGACAGACGUCAUGGUGAGUGCUGAUGGGGUCCCAUUCCUCAUGCAUGAUGAGGAACUCACCAGGACUACCAAUGUGCAGGCUGUAUUCCCUGAGAGGGCUGCCCUGAACAGCACUGCCUUCAACUGGACAGACCUCCAGCAGCUGGAUGCUGGCAGCUGGUUUCUGGAGCGAAGGCCUUUUCCCACUGUGCAGAGCCUUUCUCCUGAUGAUCGCAAGGAGGCAGCUAAACAGAAGAUCCCAUCCCUGGGACAGGCUCUAGAGGCAGCGAAGCAGAGCAACAUCUCCAUCAUGUUUGACCUUCGUCCUGAGAACCACAGUGACUACCAGAACUUUGUCAAUGUCACUCUGGAAGUGAUUUUACAGUCAGGCAUCCCUCUGCAGCAGGUCCUCUGGCUUCCAGAUGGGUUCAGGGAAGACGUCAAACAGCAGGCUCCAGGUGUCCAGCACGUCUAUGGCCGGAAGAGACUCGAGAAUGAGAAGGAGCCAGUACUGCACGUCAAUCUGCCCUACCAGGACAUGAGCUCUGAGGAGAUCAGGCAGUACCGCCACGACAACAUCUCUGUCAACUUGUAUGUGGUGAACCAGCCCUGGCUCUUCUCUGUGCUGUGGUGCUCGGGGGUGAGCUCUGUCACCACCAACGCCUGCCAGGUGCUGAAGGAGAUGAAACACCCCAUCUGGCUGCUUCCCAGCAGCACAUACCUCAUGAUCUGGAUCGUUGUAGACUGCUUUUCCUUCCUUAACAUCAUCUGGGCCUUUGUCUUGAUGAAGAAAUGUUCCCGCAGAAGAUGGCCAGCGGAGUCUGAGACGGAUGUGCUGCUCACAAAGAUCAACAGCUUGAUGCAAGAGUGA